AUGCCCAGCGAAGAUGCCCCAAUCGAGGAGCAGGCUGAGGCAUUCUUCGCAAAGUUCACCGAGCCUGCGCGCCCCUCGGAGCACCUGAAGUACCUCGAGCUGCCCGCGUGGGACGCGCGUCACUCCUUUGUCACCGACGCUGCCUUUGACCUGGGCGACCGGGCCAUUGACGCGUGCGACGCCUUGGGUCUUAGCUCAGCGAUGCGCACGUUGCGGCCUGCGCAGCUGACGGAGCUGCACCUGCAUCGGUGCAGCCUCUGUGCCGAUGGCCUGGCCGCGGUGGUUGCGGCGCUCCCGGCGCUGCCGGCACUCGAGUCGCUCUUUGCGAUGCAGAACGGCGCGGGCGACGGCGCGAUGAGUGCGUUUGCCGGGCUCGCGCGCACCGGCGGCGUGCCGCUCCGCCGGCUCGCGCUGCAGGAGAACGGCAUCACGGACUGCGGCGCCGCCUCGCUUGCGGCGGCGCUGGCGGGCGCUACUCCGCAGCUGGAGUGGCUCUACCUGUCGGGGAACGAGAUCGGAGACGAGGGCGGGGUGGCGAUCGCCGAGGCGGUGGAGGGUGGCGCCUGCCCUCGGCUGGCGCGACUCGCCCUUCAGCACAACCGUCUCGGAGACGCUACGCUCCUCGCUCUCGGCCGCGCUGCGGCGGGCGGCAAGCUGCCGAAAGGCGAGUACCUGUACGUGCACGAGAACGAGCACACGCCCGCGGGGAGAGACGCGCUCGCGGCGGCCCUCGAGGGCCACCCCAACCAGCUGCAGGCCCACCUCGGCUGGCCGCCUCCCCUCCCUCGCGACGAGCUGCGGUGCGACGAGGCCGCAGCCACGGCGGCAUCGCUCGCCGGCGCGCCGCCCAAGCGCAAGCCCUACGCGCCGCCUCCUCCUCGGGUGGCGCCGCCUCACCCGGAUGGAGACGUGCCGCCCUGGAGGGUGCGGCCAGCGACAACCACCACCAAGGCGGUCUCGUUCGUGGAGCCGCCGCCCCGCCCACCGCCCGCCUCCGCGGACCCUCUCCCGUCGGACGAGCCGUCCUCCAAGGGGGAGCUGCCCGGUGACUUUUUCGAGCGGCUGCUGGCGAUGUGAGACCGAGGCGAAAAGGCUGCAGGACAACGCUCUAGGAAGUAGGAUCUUGGACGCGUCACGUUCGUUGCGUGCGGGUUGUCAUGUUCAUGUGUGCUGUGUGUUAAGGGAAAAGGUACAUGGCGCCGA